CUUCCACCUCUAUUUCAUUGUUCUGUUCUCUUUCUGCUGGUGCUGUUUUGGUUUUGGUGCAAUUAUCUAUUUAAGAACGCACAACACUCGAUGCACCUGCCUUGUGCCCGUCGCGUGGGUGUGCCCAGUGCCAGUUUCAUUUAUAAAACUAUGUCUUUCUCACGUUCCCCGGCGCCGAUGGCCAAGUGACCGCACAAAGUCCCGCACUCCACCUCCACUCCCCCAUGUGUUUACCCUUUGUCUUGCGUUCUAUUUGCGUUUCGUGUCCGCUCAAAAUCGCCUCAUUUGCAUAAAUCCCGUGGCGUAACGUGAGUUUGGCCCACAUCCCGCGAUCGGGGGAGCUAAAGCGGAGGAGCAGCAAGAGCGCACCCGGAAAUUGGGAAUUGGGACUCUGGAAUCGUUGACCUGUGCAGUUUGGAGCCAACUGGAGAAGAAUGUGGAAGUGCCACAAGUGCGGCAAACCCGUUUUCUUUGCGGAACGUAAACAAUCGCUCGGCUACGAUUGGCAUCCGGAAUGUUUGCGCUGCGAGGAGUGCGGUAAGCGACUGAAUCCCGGCCAGCACGCUGAGCACAAAGGUGUGCCUUACUGUCAUGUGCCGUGCUAUGGAGCGCUGUUCGGACCCCAGCUCUUUGGCCAUGGCACCAGGGUGGAGUCGCAUAAGAGCUACGGGGUGAAGGGAGCCCAGAAGCCGGCAAGAGCUCAGGCCAAUGGCCCCACCCUUCCGCGUGAUCACCUGGAGUCCAAGCUGAAGGUCUACAACCAAUUCUACGACAAUAAAAGUCUGGAGAUACGCAGCCGCGAGGUGAACAACCGCUUGGUGCUGGAAGGAGCCCUGCGCGUCUACUGGGGAGUGCAGGGAGUGAUUCACCUGAAGGAAGAUGACGACCAGCGGACGUUUGUGGUGCGCAAGAGGAAUUCCUGCCGUGUGUCUAAGGCAGCAAAUGAGAGCAGCUCGGAUAAGGAAAACGAGGUUAGCGAGUCACUUGCUCCGCCCACAACCACAACCGGCGAAGUGGACCAACUUUCCACGGAUGUUUCGUUGUCUGAGAGCAUGACCUUCGACUCGUGCAGCCUCAACGAGAUAUCGGAGCUGCCUACAACCCCCGACGAUGCGUCUGCCAACACCACAGGGAACAGCAAGGAAGUGACCAAUGGCAAAGUCUCCAACGACGACGAGGAUACGACCACCACAGACUCUUCUGGCACGCUAGUGGAGGCACCCACUGCCAGCACAAGCUGUGUGUCCAGCACGCUACCCUCUAAGCUGGGCAAUUUGGAGAAGCUGGACUGGGAUGAUAUCGAUGAUCUUCUGCAGGUGGAGAGGCGCCACAAUGAGAAGGAUCGCAUUUACGAGACAAUGCCUGUUAAACUCCCCUCGUCGCAAUCAUCCAGCGACAGUUCGCCCAGCAAAACGUCCACGGACAACACCACGACCACCACGGAGUCGAGCUCAACACAAUCUGCCACCACGGAAAGCAGCAGCUCGGAUAACUUUAUGACAGCCACGGACUCGUUGACGGCAAACACGAACACUCAAAAUACCACUACGGCGACCACCACUGAGACCACGGUGGAUAACUAUGAGACCUCCGACGAUGCUACCCUGAAACCAAUGGACUUUGAGGACUUUAAACGCAGUGUGCAUCAGGACUACGUCAAUGGGACAAACUCCUUCAAGGAACCCAACGACGACACCCUGAAGCGCAAUCAGCCCAUUGAUCCGUCUCGCAUCCACGACUCCCUCAAGCUCUACGGCGAGAACUCGGUGAUGAGCAAAAGCUUUAACUGUGAGCAUGCGUUGCGCUCAAUAGAUCCCACACUGAUCAACGACACCAUGAACUUGCGCAGCAGCGUGGGCUCUCCGCGCUCCUCACAGCGCCAAUAUGCCUUGCAGAAGAGCGGUUCGGCCUCAGCAACCACAGCGGCUCACAGAGGGGAGCCCAAGAAGCCAUAUCAGCAGGGGCGGCAGCUCUUCGAGAAGGGUAUAAAUCGCUCAAAGUCGGGACCCAGUUGCUUCGUAUAUUCUGACAGCGAUGACGACGAUGAGGCCACUCUAAGACCCCAACGUCUGGCCACCAUAAGACGCAGCGAUAUCCCUCCCCGGUACAUUCAGAUCCAGAUGGAUUGCUAUCCCAAAGAGAAUGCUGCUGCUGCCAGCGAAGGUGAGUCCAGCCGUGCAGAUGCUCCGUCCAUAACCAGCGGAGCUGCUGCCGGCGAUGAGCUCACCCAAACCGAGGAACUGUACACAGCGAGCGAGGGAGUUGGAGGCCCCGAGGGCGAUGGAGCCGGAACGGCGGGGCUGCACGUCACCGAAGAUGGCGUAGUGCUACGGAGACCCCCACGUACUGGAGCUGCAGCUAUCAAGCGACGUAGCGGAAACCGCCGUUCCCGAACCAAGCUGAAACGUCGGUGCUCUAUCAAUGGUCACUACUACAAUCGAGAGACUUCGUUUUUUACACCGCCCUAUGGUUCUCAGAUGUCUGUUUGGGUCUCCUCGAUGGUGACCACUCCGGAGGUUAUUAACUUGGUGCUGGAAAAGUACAAGGUGGACAGUGCGGCGGAGAAUUUUUCGCUUUUCAUAGUGCGUGACAAUGGGGAGCAAAAGCGUUUAAGGGAUGACGAGUAUCCCCUGAUAACGCGCGUUACUUUGGGUCCUCAUGAGGAUGUGGCACGUAUGUUUUUGGUGGACGCCCGGAAAACAGAUGAAAUCAGUAAUGAAGUUGCUCAAUUUUUGAACCUAUCGCUGCCCGAGUGCCGUGCCAUUCUGGAGCGUUAUGAUCAGGAAGUGGCCCGCGAAGUGGCCAAGAUAAAGGAAAGAUACGCCGAACUGCGUCGCCGCAUUGUGAGCCGUAUGGAAUCUCUAAAAGUGCAUUUGUAAAACUCAAACGGAAUCUCUGGCGGAAGAACAAUUUUAUAUUAGCCAUAAUCUGUGUGCGGCCAAAUGUGUCUGCAGCAGCCCAGCUAAAAGUAUUCACGUUUUUAUACCAGAAAUAUAUUUUUAUGUAGCAUUUAGAGAAAAUUACGAACUAGCAACAUUAGGCGCCCAGUGAACAAAGCAGCUGCUGCACGUCGCAAAUAUUUACCUUACGAUUAGGGGUUCUUAUCUUCCCAGCCGAAACUAACAAUCAUUACCAGGCAUUUCCAUUUGUUUAGAAAGCGUUUAAGACUUGUAACUAACCAAAAAAUAAUUAUUAAUCAACCACA